CAUGCGCCACAUGCUCGCGAAUCGACACACCAGCCCUCAAGAUCAUUUUCGCUGACAAUGCCCCUCGACUAUAGCCAAGCCCGCGAGCUCCCACAUCGUCCCCUUCCAGUCUGUCGCCUCAAUCGCCACAUCAUCAAAGAAGGAUGCGACCUCGGUGACGACACACAGCAGCACCGGCAUGACCAAGCCGCGCCGUGAGGUGCCUCUGCCUAGCGACCCUCAGAACAAGAGCGCCGUCCAGUUCGCCCUCACCACCCUCGAUCAAGUUGCCAACUGGGCGCGGCAGUCGUCCCUCUGGCCCAUGACUUUCGGUCUCGCCUGCUGCGCCGUCGAAAUGAUGCACCUGUCGACACCACGAUACGAUCAGGACAGGCUGGGAAUCAUUUUCCGUGCCUCGCCUCGCCAGUCCGACGUCAUGAUUGUCGCCGGCACUCUCACCAACAAGAUGGCGCCCGCGCUGCGCCAAGUCUACGAUCAGAUGCCCGACCCCCGCUGGGUCGUCUCCAUGGGCAGCUGCGCCAACGGCGGCGGCUACUACCACUACAGCUACAGCGUCGUCCGCGGCUGCGACCGCAUCGUGCCCGUCGAUAUCUACGUCCCGGGUUGCCCGCCUACCUCCGAGGCGCUUAUGUACGGCAUCUUCCAGCUCCAGCGCAAGAUGCGCAACACCAAGAUCACCCGGAUGUGGUACAGGAAGUAGACGGCUGUUGGUAACUCUGGGGGAUGUUGGGAGGACAUUGCUGCGUACAUCCUCACGGGUGUAGAUGCAGUUGAUGGAUGGGCUCGAGAAGCGGCACUUGGCGUGAAAAGGCGUCUACGGACGGG